UCCGGGCCGCCGCAGGCUGCUUCAGGGGGCCUGGCCGCUCGGAGCCAAAGCGCCAGCUCUGCUUCAGGCCAACGGGGCCCUGGCCCUGCCGGGUGCGCAGGACUCCGCGGCCAGGUUGUGUCGUCCCAUGGAUAAGAGCAACACGGUCAUGGAGCCCCCUCCCUCUACCCCUUAGAAGGAUCGCAGGUUCCUUGUGGAGGCCUGUCCUCACCCCAGCCCCCUGGAGCCUGCCACUGCCAGCUGUCGACAGGCUGCCCACGGAGAAUGUGGACGUGGAUGGAGACUGCUUGCCGGGGCCCUGGCUUUACUCAGAGGUAGGCACCGCCUCUGCUCCGUGCCGCCCUGGAGCAGGGCCUGAGGAAGAAGUGAGUCCAGGCCAGAAUGGGGGACCCCAGGGACCUUUGUCCUCAUCUGGACUCAGUUGGGGAGGUGACCAAAGAAGACUUGCUGCUCAAAUCUAAGGGCACCUGUCAGUCAUGCGGCGCGACCGGGCCGAACCUGUGGGCCUGUCUUCAGGUCUCCUGCCCCUAUGUUGGCUGCGGAGAAUCUUUCGCCGACCACAGCACCAUUCACGCCCAGGCAAAGAAGCACAACCUGACCGUGAACCUGACCACCUUCCGGGUGUGGUGCUACGCCUGUGAGAAGGAGGUGUUCCUGGAGCAGCGGCUGGCACCCCACCCCCCAGGACCCUCGCCCAAGUUCUCAGAACAGGACUCCCCACCGCCCUCCCACCCUCUGAAGGCAGUCCCGAUCGCCGUGGCUGACGAAGGGGAGUCUGAGUCCGAAGAUGAUGACCUGAAACCUCGAGGCCUCACGGGCAUGAAGAACUUGGGGAACUCCUGCUACAUGAACGCGGCCCUGCAGGCCCUGUCCAACUGCCCUCCGCUGACUCAGUUCUUCUUGGAGUGUGGCGGCCUGGUGCGCACAGAUAAGAAGCCAGCCCUGUGCAAGAGCUACCAGAAGCUGGUCUCUGAGGUCUGGCACCGGAAGCGCCCCAGCUAUGUGGUGCCCACCAGCCUGUCCCACGGGAUCAAGUUGGUCAACCCGAUGUUCCGAGGCUAUGCCCAGCAGGACACCCAGGAGUUCCUGCGCUGCCUGAUGGACCAGCUGCACGAGGAGCUCAAGGAGCCGGUGGUGGCCGCAGCCAUGGCGUUGGCAGAGGCCCGGGACUCAGACUCGAGUGACACGGAUGAGAAGCGGGAGAGUGACCGGAGCCCGUCAGAGGACGAGUUCCUGUCCUGCGACUCGAGCAGUGACCGGGGGGAGGGCGACGGGCAGAGCCGGGGUGGGGGCAGCUCGCUGGCUGAGACGGAGCUGCUGAUCCCGGACGAGGCGGGCCGCGCCAUCUCCGAGAAGGAGCGGAUGAAGGACCUCAAGUUCUCCUGGGGCCAGCAGCGCACCAGCUCCGAGCAGGUGGACGAGGAUGCUGACGUGGACACCACCAUGGCCACCCUCGGCCAGCCCGCGGAGGCUCAGCCGCCGUCACCCCGGUCCACCAGCCCCUGCCGGACGCCAGAGCCGGACAACGAGGCCCACAUGCGCAGCGCCUCUCGCCCCUGCAGCCCCGUCCACCACCACCACGAGGGCCACGCCAAGCUGGCCAGCAGCCCUCCUCGUGCCAGCCCCGGGAGGAUGGGGCCGUCGUACGUGCUCAAGAAAGCCCAGGUGCCGAGUGCCGGCAGCCGGAGGCGGAAGCAGCAGCACUACCGCAGCGUCAUCUCCGACAUCUUCGACGGCUCCAUCCUCAGCCUCGUGCAGUGCCUCACCUGUGACCGGGUGUCCUCCACAGUGGAGACUUUCCAGGACCUGUCACUGCCCAUUCCUGGCAAGGAGGACCUGGCCAAGCUCCACUCGGCCAUCUACCAGAACGUGCCGGCCAAGCCAGGCGCCUGCGGGGACAGCUCCGCUGCCCAGGGCUGGCUGGCCUUCAUCGUGGAGUACAUCCGCCGGUUCGUGGUAUCCUGUACCCCCAGCUGGUUUUGGGGGCCGGUCGUCACCCUGGAAGACUGCCUCACUGCCUUCUUCGCUGCUGAUGAGCUGAAGGGUGACAACAUGUACAGCUGUGAGCGGUGUAAGAAGCUGCGCAACGGGGUCAAGUACUGCAAGGUCCUGCAGCUGCCCGAGAUCCUGUGCAUUCACCUGAAGCGCUUUCGGCACGAGGUGAUGUACUCAUUCAAGGUCAGCAGCCACGUCUCGUUCCCUCUGGAGGGGCUCGACCUGCGCCCCUUUCUCGCCAAGGAGUGCACGUCCCAGAUCACCACGUAUGACCUGCUCUCGGUCAUCUGCCACCACGGCACGGCAGGCAGUGGCCACUACAUCGCCUACUGCCAGAACGUCAUCAACGGGCAGUGGUAUGAGUUCGAUGACCAAUAUGUCACCGAGGUCCAUGAGACGGUGGUGCAGAACGCCGAGGCCUACGUCCUCUUCUACAGGAAGAGCAGCGAGGAGGCCGUGCGCGAGCGGCAGCAGGUGGUGUCGCUGGCCGCCAUGCGGGAGCCCGGCCUGCUGCGCUUCUACGUGUCCCGGGAGUGGCUCAACAAGUUCAACACCUUCGCCGAGCCCGGGCCCAUCACCAACCACACCUUCCUCUGCGCCCACGGAGGCAUCCCGCCCAACAAAUACCACUACAUCGACGACCUGGUGGUGGAGAUCGAGGCGCUGGCCAAGCGCAGGCGGAUCGAGAUCGACACCUUCAUCAAGGUGUGUGGGGGCUGUGACCCCCGCUCGCCCGGGACGCGGGGACGAGAACCACGCGCCGUCGGCCGUGGCGCGGGGCUGUGA